AUGCCUAAUACUGAAGAGUACCUGGAUGAUGAGGUAAAGGGACCCGAUCAAGUACAGCUUGAUCAAGACAUUGGCUGUGACCAGUCCUGCCAAAAGCUAUACAAAACUAGAGGUGGACAAAACAAAGACUUGAGCCAAGUCCCUGCUGGACCUGAAGUUGCUCAGAAUAGCCCUGGUGUAACCAAAAUGGACAAGAAGAAGGCAUACGAGGAAUUGAUUCGGAUGGGUGGAGAAACCCCUGAGGAAUAA